CCGCUGCCGCGGGCGGGGGGGCGCUGCUGGGGGACGGCGGGAGCCCGGGCCACGCGGAGCAGCCGCCGCCGCCGCCGCAGUCGUCCUCCUCCGGCUUCCUCUACCGGCGGCUCAAGACGCACGAGAAGCGCGAGAUGCAGAAGGAGAUCCUCUCCGUGCUUGGGCUCCCGCACCGGCCCCGACCCCUGCACGGUCUCCAGCAGCCGCAGCCUGCUGCCCUCCCGCAGCAACAGCCUCGCGGGGAGCCUCCUCCCGGGCGGCUAAAAUCUGCGCCCCUCUUCAUGCUGGAUCUGUACAACGCCCUGGCUUCCGACGACGACGAGGACUGGGCGUCGGAUGAGGAGAGGCGGCAGCACGGGCCCCGCGGACAGGUCGCCUCGACCCAGCCCCGGCAGCCGCCCCCCGGCGCGGCGCCCCGGGUCAACAGCAAGAGCCUCCUGGCCGCGGGACCCGGCGGCGGCGCGUCCCCACUGACCAGCGCGCAGGACAGCGCCUUCCUCAACGACGCGGACAUGGUCAUGAGCUUUGUUAACCUGGCAGUGGGAUGGAAAGCAGGCAAUAGAGAAUUUAAUCAGAUGAUUGUGUUCCUGACUAGAAGCUUCUAUAAAUACCCAAGUAAAAGGAAUAGAAAUCAAUAUAGAAACUCUCUGAGAGAUGAACAAUCCAGAGUCCUCAGGUACGCAAACAGCUAUUACACAUUAACCUCUCUGUCCUCAUCCUCCUUGUGGCCAUGGCCUAACCCAACCAAGUGCCAGGCAACAUGGCUGCCUUGGCCUCAGGGUGUCACCCAGGGCCCAGUGUGGGGCACAGUUGCCGACUUGUGUUCCUCACAAAAAAGCUGAUGCCUCCUUUCUCUGUUGUCAUCAUGACAGCUCAGCUGCUUUUAUUCAAACGCAUUCUCUCCACUUAAAACACCCUUACUUUCUAACACCCUCGCUGGCUGUGCUCCCUUCAGACUUGCCCUCUGGAAACUGGUAAGCCAGAAAAUGGCUCCGUCUUACCUAGAACAUAGGAAAGUGGUGACAAUUAUAUCAAGAAGAAGGAAAACCAUUCUCCCUGUCACAAAAACUAGACUCACUAGAGAACCAGGGCCAUCACCCUUCUGAAGUUUUUGGGAGUGCCAGAAACUCUCAGAACUCAGUUGUACCUGCUCGUCUUCCACUGGAAGCAUCAGAAGUAAGAAACUGCAGUUCACUGAAGUUGACUGGAUUUUUUGUUCAGUUACUAGUGUUUUGAAAAUGCUGUUCUCAGGCGCCUGGCUGGUUCAGUCAGUUAAGCAUCUGCCUUUGGCUCGGGUCAUGAUCCCAGGGUCCUGGAACCAAGCCCCGCAUUGGGCUCCCUGCUCAGCGGGGAGUCUGCUUCUCCCUCUACCC